UCUCUGACUGGCUGAACGCCAAUACAACAUCAAAGGUGUACGCGGUGUGUAUGCAUGUGUUUGUACAAGAGAAGGAAGGAUGUAUGGUGUGUUGUUUUAACCCCGAUGGUCUCAGGUUACCUGUGACUCCAUUCUGCCAGGGCAUGAUGAGUAGCGAUAAACACACAAGCACGUUCACUUAGUUUUUGUUCAUCCACAGACGAGCCACAGUGCUCCGCAGAGCCUCCAGCUCUCUGCUGCACCAACUUAAGAGAAGCUGUUAGAGGAUAUUUCCACGCAGCCUUUGGUUUAACUUUUAUUUCAGGACUUUUGAGACCACCGCUCUUGUGUCCACAGCGAUGAUCUUCACAGCAGAGCAGGUGGCUUGUGUGUGCGAGGUCCUCCUGCAGAGCGGUUGCAUGGAUCGUCUCGCUGGCUUCCUCCGCACUCUUCCUCCUCCUUCCCUCUCCGCCUCCUCCUCCUGCCCUGGGGAGCUGGAGAGUGUGCUGAAGGCUAAAGCCGCAGUGGCCUUUCACCAGGGGUGCUUCACUGACCUCUACACCCUGCUAGAGGGCUUCCCCUUUUCCCCACGCAGCCACCCGCUCCUGCAGCAGCUCUGGCUCCGAGCCCACUACAUGGAGGCCGAGAAGCAGAGGGGCCGACCACUGGGUGCUGUGGGGAAGUAUCGAGUCAGACGAAAGUUCCCUCUACCAAACACCAUCUGGGAUGGAGAGGAGACGAGCUACUGUUUCAAGGAAAAAUCGCGGAGUAUGCUCCGGGAGUGGUACCGUCGUAAACCUUAUCCUUCCAGCUGGGAGAGGCGGGAGCUGGCAGCAGCCACCGGGCUGACAACCACUCAGGUCGGCAAUUGGUUCAAGAAUCGCAGGCAAAGGGACCGAAGCAUGGGCGGUAGCAGUUUCCAAAGAGCUGGCUCUGGAGGAACUUCAGGAGUCACUUCCUCUAACAAUGACCUUUCACCUCCAGACAGCCCAAAUCUCCAAUACCGCUGCCCUCCACCUCUCUGUCACCCACCACCUCCUCUACGACACAUGUGAAGGCCUCAUCCAAGUCAGCACUUCUAUUACUCGGUUGUUUCUUUUUGAUUGUAUUUGUUAUUCUGUUUUUUUCCUUCUUGAAUAUAAAGUCAAUUUUC